UCGGUGAGGGAUGCGUCGAUGAUGUUACCAUGUAUGAACCGUAAUUGGGGACGGUGACGCUGUCGCUUUCAUAUGGAAGGGGCACUAAACCAUACCGGUGUAAUUCUAACGACACGUGGGCAAUUGCAGMGCCAAACGUGGGUUUAUUGUAGCUGAUUCUUGGUGAAUAGUGGAAUUCGGAAGGAAGUUCUUUCGGCGGAUCUACAGUAUAAGCAACAGAAUGAAGGAGAGCAUUGAGGGAAUUGAGAGGUUCGUCAGUCCGGGAAAAGGGCGAGGACUCCGAGUCACCAAACCCUUCAAAGUUGGGGAGCUUCUCUUCGCUAGUCUUCCAUAUACUUACGUCCUGACUGCCAGCGAGAGAGGCUCUAACUGUGAAUUCUGCUUCACAAGGAAGGAGGGCUUGGCAAAAUGUGGGAAGUGCAAAAAAGCGUUGUAUUGCAAUGUGAAAUGUCAGAAAGGGGAUUGGGCCAUGCACAAGCUGGAGUGCGGGGCCAUGAUAGCGUACGGGGAGAAAUGGUGUCCAUCUGAGUCCGUCCGACUGGUGGCUAGAAUAAUCGCCAAACAGAAAGCCCAGAAAGAGUGGAGUACGUCAGAGAAGCUGCUGCUGAUUGGAGAGCUGGAAUCACACAUAGACGAUGUAGACAAUGAAAAGAGGGAGAUGAACGAGGGAGACAUAGCCAGCCUGCACCAGUUUUACUCCAAAAACCUGGACUUCCCCAGCAAAACAGCCCUCCUCACACUUUUCUCACAGGUCAAUUGUAAUGGCUUCACAGUGGAGGAUGAGGAGUUGUCGAAAAUGGGCUCAGCAGUCUACCCUGAUGUGGCCCUGGUAAACCACAGCUGCUGUCCUAACGUCAUAGUGACGUACAAGGGGAAUGUGGCCGAGGUCCGGGCUGUGCAGGACAUGACCCCUGGGGAAGAGGUGUUCACCAGCUACAUAGACCUCCUCUACCCUACAGCAGACAGAAACGAGAGGUUGAGAGACGCGUACUAUUUCACCUGCGACUGCAAAGAGUGUAAAACCAAAUCUAAAGACAAGUUGAAGCUGAAGGUGCGUAAGAGGAACAAGCCUCCAGGACCGGAGGAGAUCAGUAGCAUGAUGCGCUACGCUAGGAACACCAUCAAAGAGUUCCGUUCUGCCAAACAAAUAGCAGAAAAAUAUCUGAAAACCCCUGGAGAGCUGAUGGAGAUGUGCCAGCUGAGCCUGGACAAGAUGGGUGAGGUGUUUGAGGACUCCAAUGUGUACAUGCUGCACAUGAUGUACCAGGCCAUGGGAGUGUGUCUCUACAUGGGGGAUUGGGACGAAGCCAUCCGUUAUGGAGAGAAGGUCCUCAAAUCCUACAGGUACUGAUCCAUACAUACACAUAGA